GUGCGGUCUUCCCGCCGGGCCAAGUCUCGGAUCGUCCACCAAGACGGAUUGGAGGUGUGCCCAGAGGGCUUGGCGAUCCUAGGUCUGGUACUGGCCUAUAGCAACCCUCGACACGCGGCGAGGCCUCACGGAAUCGAGCGCAUUUUCUUUAGCGGCCCACAAGGAGCAGGGCAGCCUGAGCCGCAUGUGGGCUCUAGCAUACAAGGGCGUGCCAACUUUGCAGGAUCUGAACUCCAGGUGACCUACGCUGCGACUUGCUUAUGGGUCUCGCCAAGUGACCCCAUAUGGCUGUGGAAAGACGAAGAAUGGAGCGUACUCAAUGGCAAAAGCGAUGGCCGAGGAAUCAGGAAGAGGUAG